AUGUCUCCCUCCGCUUCGGAUUCUAGCCAGAAACCCCAGAAGAGUGGACAAUCUGAGUGUCCAAUAUGCCACAGGAGCUUCAGUGUGACUGGCUUCACCCUCCAUUAUCGGUCUUGCUCCAACAAACAAGAAGAAAAGAGAUUAAGAAGGGAUUUCAAGAAUCAAGAGAAACUCAAGGGAGAGGGGGCACAUUUACAAGAACCAGAAGAAGAAAGAACGGCCGGCACUCCUCAGAACCCUGCGGCGCAAGAUUCUUGCUCUUUUCUUUCUGAUGAUUUCGGAGAGGAGGAGGAGGACGCCAAUGACAUUACCACAUCAAAUUUGCAACAGCACUGUUUCCGCGACAUCAAGAUUGUGCACCACCCACAUUCCCGCAGGCCAGAUGAGAUUAUGUCUCUCGAGCGGUAUCACGCUAAGCUUUCAUCGAAGCCUAAAGUUUCGUUUCAACCACCACAGGACCCCUUCUUACCUUUCAGUUCUCGCGCUGAAUUUGAGUUUGCAGAGGUAGCACUCAAGGCAGCUCUCAACAAAUCCGAGGUGGAUGCUUUAAUCCGAAUUAUCCAACGCUGUGUUCGGGGAGAAGAUAAGUUCGAGCUUUAUGAUCAUGACCAACUUUUGAGGAUUUGGGAUGAGGGAUCUGUCCUGCACACCGCCCCUGAAAAGCAUGUAAUUUCUUCCGUAUAUACUGAAAAUGAUAUACGCUCCUUCGAUUUUUGGUGUCAAAACAUAUGGGAAUGGGUUCUAGAAAUUGUUCAAGAUCCGUUUCUCUGUGGGCACAUGCAAUGGGAUGCUCAGCGCACAUCUGUAUAUAAUGGAGAAAAGUUUGUUCCCUUUGUUGAUGAACCGUAUACCGGGACUCGCUUUUGGAAUGUCCAAUCCGAGCUUCCUGAAGAAGGAAAACCUAUCUGCAUUCAAAUAUAUUCAGACAAAACCCAGCUUGCCCUAUUUGGAAAGGCAAAAGGGUAUCCUGUUUUUGUAAGACUGGCCAAUCUUUCCGCAGAUGUUCGAAAUAGCCAGGGACGGGGUGGAGCAGAGCUGGUCGGGUGGCUACCAAUUGUUCCGGAAGAUGAGCAUGAAAAAGGAAAGAAAGGUUACGUAGACUUCAAGCGUGUCGUAUGGCAUGACUCCUUCAAAAAGGGCCUGGAAAGUAUUGCCCAAUAUUCUAAGACAGGCUAUUGGGCCAAGUGUGGUGAUCAGAAAACCCGCUAUAUGUUUCCAUUUGUCUUUCUUUUUGCAGGAGACUAUGAAGAACAGUGUGUUAUGGGUCAGAAUCGUGGCAAAGAUGCUUUAGAGCCUUGUCCUGUAUGUCACGUACCCAAUUCAGAACUCCACAACUGUGGUGUUUUUGAUUGGCCUCUUCGAACAGGUAUUGAAACAGCGGAAAUUGUGGCAAAGGCACAAACCCUUAAUGUUACCCAAGGAGAGGCGCUACUUAAGAAAAAUGGCAUUCGGCCAAUUGAGAAUGCCUUUAUGACAGUCCAAUUUUCUGAUCCCCAUGAAAUCCUUUCAUGGGAUCGUAUGCACUGCUAUUCUCAUGGAUUAGGAGGGAAACAUCUCUGGCCAGCAGUGCGUACAUAUAUUCGGGCAAGCAAGCAGAGUGGAUUGGGUGAACUUGAUAAACGGUUCAACAAUAUGCCGCCAUGGCCGGACCUAAAACAUUUCGACCAGGUGGUUAGCGUGGACUAUACAGAUGCAAGCAAGCUGAAAGAUAUAGUCAAGAUCCUACUCUUCAACAGCCAUGACCUAAUAGAUUCCAAAAAGUUCAAAGAAGGUCCCUUGCUUCUUUCAUGCCUUCGGGCAUAUUUGAAUUUAUUUAUGUAUACCGGGUUUAAUCUUCAUACGGCUGAGACUAUAGAAGAAGGAAAACAGGAGAUGAAGUAUUCUUUGAAGUCAACCCUGCAGUCUGAUAAAACCUGGAACAUACCAAAGCAACAUCAACAUGUCCAUGUAUGGGCAGACAUUAUGGCAAAAGGCGUAACUCGGACCUAUAACUCAAAAAUCUUUGAACCCCUUCAUGGCCCAAUCAAAAUCAUGUAUCGAUUUAUGAUUGAUAAAAAAAAUGUGGAUGCAGAUAUCAUGAAGUUUGACCAAAUGACCCGGGUGGCGAAAACGAUCAGGUAUCAAAUCGAUUGUUACGAUGGAAAAUACGAUGAGCCUUUGGAUGAUUUUGAUGAAGAGGAUGAAUGGUCAAGGGAAAAUAAAAAGAUAUCAAAGCUUGGCUCCUCAAAGGCGCCAUCAAAUGUUGAAGCAGGCCAUAUCAUCCUUGGAUCCGUGCAAAAGAAGAGCUCUUUUGCCUCUGUUGAGAAAUCUCACAAAGAAGAUACGGCUUUCCAUGGAUUUCAGAGACGCUUUCACCAAUAUGUUUCCAACAGCUUUACUUCAAAGUUUAAUCAAAUGGAUAUUGACGAUAUUAUGGACUCCACAUCUCUGACUACGAUUGUGGAAUAUCGAUAUCUCAAAGUCAAGUAUAUUUCAGAGGUCACCUGGAAGCCAGAAAUAAACCGGCUCCGAUGUAAUCCAAACUUCAACAAGAAGCCACGAUUUGACAACGUUCUAGUGAAAGUUGGAGAUGGGACUAUGAUAGCCCAGCUUGUUUUUGUUUUUACUGCACAGAUUGGGAAGAAUUCAUCCCCGUGGGCUCUCAUUCAUCCCUUCAACGCAUUUAUAGGCCAGCCAACCAAAUAUGAAACGGAUCUCCAGCUCUAUCGAGUUCAUGCCAAAAUACGUUCUGCGGCACAAUUUAUUCCGGUAGAGGAUAUAAUUCGUGGAGUCAUGCUCAUUCCGACAUACAAGAAAGAAGACGAUUACUAUAUCUUCGAUUUAGUUGAUGAAGAUCUAUUUGUACGAGUACGUAAACUAUGGAACUCUAGGUUAAACACAGUGUAA